AUGGAAUUCUCUGGGCGGCUGAAGGAUGGUACUCGUUUAAUGGGAAUAUUGCCAGCGCAAGCUUUAGCAACAUCGGUAGUCGUAAAUCGUGAAUAUGCAUGGGGAGUGCCGGACAAUUGGUCACUUGCGGACGCAGCUACGGUGCCGAUUGUUUACAGCACUGCAUACUACGCACUGGUAAUGCGUGGCCGCAUACGACGUGGUGAUAAGGUAGCGAUUUUGUAA